GUGUGUGGGUGGGACUUGCUGGACGUUUCCUCAUGUAUCAUCGUUAUCAUCCCAUGGACUGACUUGUUUGUUGUCGAGCAAGAUGGAGUUCCUUUUGGGAAAUCCUUACAGUACCCCAGUGGGGCAUUGCAUUGAGAGAGCCACUGAUGGCUCCCUGCAAAGUGAAGACUGGACCCUCAACAUGGAAAUAUGUGACAUCAUCAAUGAAACAGAAGAUGGGCCAAAAGAUGCCAUUAGAGCAGUCAAGAAGAGACUCAAUGGCAACAGGAACUAUAGGGAAGUGAUGCUGACUUUAACGGUUCUGGAGACGUGUGUGAAGAACUGCGGCCAUCGUUUUCAUGCUUUAGUGACUAGCAGGGAUUUUGUGGAUGGCGUGCUUGUUAAAAUCAUCUCUCCUAAAAACAACCCGCCCACCAUCGUUCAAGAUAAAGUACUCGCCCUGAUUCAGGCAUGGGCUGAUGCAUUCAGGAGCAGUCCUGACCUCACAGGCGUGGUUCAAAUCUAUGAGGAGCUAAAGAGGAAAGGCAUAGAGUUCCCCAUGUCAGAACUGGAGACCCUGUCACCUAUACACACGCCUCAGCGGUCGGCAUCUGCUCCAGAGGGAGACGCCACCCUACAUAAGUACAGCAGCGUUACUCAGCCCACACCACACUCUGUCCCACCAGCCUACACCACCCCUCAGGUCCCCAAUAUUCAGGCCUCUGGAUCCAUCAAUCCUACACCUGAACAGAUUUGCCGGCUACGCAGUGAGUUGGACAUUGUCCGUGGGAACACUAAGGUGAUGUCAGAGAUGUUAACUGAGAUGGUGCCCGGACAAGAGGACGCUUCAGACUAUGAGCUACUACAGGAGCUGAACAGGACUUGUAGGGCCAUGCAGCAGAGGAUAGUGGAGCUCAUCUCCUGUGUUUCUAAUGAGGCAGUGACUGAGGAGCUGCUGCAUGUCAAUGACGACCUCAACAACAUUUUCCUCCGCUACGAAAGGUAUGAGAGGUUUAGGUCUGGCAGAUCCUCAGCUCAGAGUGUCAACAAUGGGGUCCUUAGUGAGGCUACAGAGGACAACCUCAUAGACCUCGGCCCAGGUUCCCCAGCGGUGGUCAGCAAUAUGCCGAACGCAGCCCCAAGCAGCUUGCCCCAAACCAUCACAGUCCCUGCUGGAAGACCCUCCUCCCCGGCCACCUUGGCUUCCCGCCUGGCUGGUCUAGACAUGGGUGCAGACAGUGUGAGCAGUACUCUGAGCUCUCUCUCCAGCUGUAAGCCUCCACCUGGCCAGGAUGACUUUGAUGUGUUUGCUCAGACCAGGACUGGAGCUGUCUCUGAACCCAACAAGACUACUAAGGCAGAAGGCAGCCACACUGCUGCUGACGCUCCUCCCACUCUGGAUGUCCUACAGCCAGCUGCUGGAGCGGGUGUCGGACGCCAGUCCUCUGUCAUGGAUGACAUAGAGGAGUGGCUGUGUACUGAUGUGAAAGGGGAUGAAGGCGAGGAAGGUGUCACAAGUGAAGAGUUUGACAAGUUCCUUGAGGAGAGAGCCAAAGCUGCUGAGAUGGCCCCUGGCCUACCGUCGCCCCCGAGUGGCAACCCGGGUGCGGCGCAGGGAACCCCAAGUCGCAAGAAGCCAGACAGACCGGAGGACGCUUUGUUUGCCAUGUAGACCUCCCACCGUUGACCUCUGAUCCCCAGCCUUAGACCCGACCAGCUGAGCAGCAUCACCCGAGGACAGACUGACCUGACACUGAGACACCUGUGAUUGAUCACAACACUAUUGAGUCACACUACAAGAGUUUUGCACACGCUUUCCUUAUAAAAAGAGAAUUAUUAAUGCUGUCCGUUAAUUUCUCACCAGAAAGGGGAAAAAAAAUGGCCUGUUUUGUUACGCCGCCAGAUGACGGAUCUCACCAGUGUCAGAGUCGACAAGGCAGCCUGCUUUUUCCUUCUUAUGUGUAACGAAUCUCCUUCAGCCUGCUGUGGACUGCAGAGCUUCAUGUUGCAGCUAAUCCUGAUAAAACAGCGUAGAGUUUUAUAUAUAUAUAAAAAAAAAGAUGAAGUCCUAAGUAUGAAAUCCAUUUCUGAAAUAUUCCCUCAAAGUAACACCACCAGAUUUAAUUGUUUUGCUAUUAAAAUUGCCCUGACAGAAGGUUUAUGGCUGUUAUUGCAGAAUAUGUCCAUCAUAGGCCGGAGCACUUAUCGUACCUACGAGGGUCUUGUUUUGGUGUUUGUAUCGGUCCCUUUGCAAGUCCGUCUGAAUUGAAUUGUAAAUCUGUAAAUGACAAAUGUCAAGUUUAUUAGUUGUAUGUAUAUUUAAGCUACAUAUGUAUGAAAGAGAUGGUAAUUUAAUGUAGAUUUUUGAAAAGGGUUUAUGUUCCACUUGCUUUGACAAUAGGGAUGUACCUUACUGGGAAUAUACAGUACAUGCGAUAACGCUAGCUUAAAAAUAUGUCGAAGAAGGGAAUUUAGCUUUUGUGAUUGGCCUCACUGCACAUAAUACCAACAAAUGUGUUCGUAUACCUUCCUCUCCAUCUGCCUUUCUUUGAAAAGCUCAAGUGCAGAUGACUCGCUGGUCACAACAGAUUUGAGAUUAUUUUUGCUGAGAUUUAUUAGCCCGAAGCUGCUAUAGUUGGUUUUAAUUCCAUCUGCUGCACAAUGCUGUCUAAUUAUUCCUCGUUUAUGUAGUCAUCGUUAUGCCGAACACCGAUUCUUAGUGUUUAUGUUGAAUGAGUUCACAGGGAAGUAGUAGUGGUGCCCUGAGCAGAAUUCAGAGGUGGUCUUACUGCUAGCUGAAGAGACACAUGCUGUUAUUGGUGACUUUUUACUUUGACUGUAGGUUUUAUUUCCUUUUUGAAUGCUGUAUGUCCUAAAAUGAAACUUAGAGGACCAAAUCUGUGUUUAUUUUUCUGAAUAUGGAAGGAAAAGUCUGGAUAAUUUGGUUCUGCUUUGACUCAAAAUUAGCUUUUUUUUCUAUUAAGCGAUGUAUGGGAGAAUUCAUCACGCUACAAAAGCAUUAUUUUUAGUGCAUUUCUCCUUUAUUUCUUUACGCUGACAUCUUAAAAGGCCUGACCUUUCAGCAUGACAUUUGUUUUCAGAAAUGAGCUCGCCGCAGACAUAGUGCUACAAAUGAGACAUUUUACUCUUGACAAUAAUAGAUUCAACACGUUACGCAAUCACAGCAAGCUUAAAACGAGUGCACUUUGACGGUCGCAUUACCUUUCAACGUGUACUGUACAUCAGUUAGCCAGGUGUAAUUAAUGAGGACUAUUUGAGGCGUAGAAAUAAUUUAUUCCACACUAUUAUUUUUUUUUUCUUCAGAUCAGUAUUUUAAAUCGCUUUAUUGUGCAGCAUUAAAAUGGGAAUGAAAUAUGUUAAGGGACAGAUUGAGAAAUUGUCAUAAUGGUGUGUGUUUUAGUGUUAUUGGCUUUUGUUUAUGGAGUUCAGAGAUUCCGUUUUUCUACAUUGCUGCUGGCUAAUGUAUCUUAUUUGUCAUGGUUACGUUUAGUGAUUUCGUGCGUCUUAUUGUUGGUUCAUACAGUAAACAUAUGGACAUUUCUGAGGGCAGUUCAUCACUCAUUCGUAGCUGUGAAACAAUUGCACCAAUUUUCUCAUUUAACUCAUGAAGGAUACAUAUUUUUAUUCUCACUCUGAAUUUUACAAACUGACAAGCACAUGAAAAAAGCAGACAUGUAGAACUUAAGUCUGACACUUUAGACAAAGCAUCAGCGUUGCACAUUUCGAAAGGGAAACUUCCUUUCUCCUUCUGUUUCCUUGUUUUAGUGUUAAACGUGUGUGUUUGUCAGCCGUUCUGUGACGCUGAAACAUUUUAUCUCAGCUCAAUGGGGAGAAAAAAAAAAACUUCCAAAUGUGUGUUUAAAGAAUACAUGUUACUAUCCUGCUUGGUACCACCCAGGAUCAGCCUGGUUUAUUUCAGUGUGAGCUCUGUCAGUGAUUUGUAACUGAAUCUCAGCAUACCCAUAACUUUGUCAUCUCAGACCUGUUUUGCAGAAGAACAAUGCGUUUCUUUGUGCGUCACUGGAUAAUAUGAAAAGAGAUGCUGAUAAGGGAGGCUGUGCUGUGUGACUGCUAGCUUUUCUGAGUUGCCUCAUCUCUCGUUUCUCUUUGUGUUGUUUGACUUAUGCAUGAACUCUAAUAAAACAUUAGCAGUG